AUGCCCAUCACGUUCCAAGUCACAGAUACUCCAGCCUCUGAGAUUUCCAACCUCACUGCAUUCAGUUUACGACAAAUUUUGCCGAAAAAACAAACAUCCAGUUAUGAACUAGUUACGAGCAGUAUUCCUAAUGUGGACCCAUCAGAUCUCCAAAGUUCCGAUACGGACCUUGUCUAUGUCGGAAGUAAUGCUUUUGUUUUGAGUGCUUUGAAAUGUUAUUCGUUGCAUCAUCACUUAGUCAUACGGCCUGAUGAUGUAUGGAUCAGCAUUGGCACUCAAUUUGCAAAUUACGUAAAUGGACAUGCUGAAGAGCUUCGAGAAAAAUUUGUUUCGUUUGAGGGAAAGAAACAAUUAACUGUCAAUGGAGGUGGUAACAUUAAAAGUGCAGACUAUGAGGGUUUGUGCCAAGAGAUGACCACUCAAAUAUCCAAAAAUAUCAAAGAUCCCUCUAUUCGAGAUUGGAUUAUGAAUGAUUUCUCCACAACUACUCCUCUUGAUCGAAUGGUUAGUUCAAUUGUGCUAAUGUCCACAACCAAGAGUUAUUUUGAUUAUAGAUUCAAUCUCUGUUGUAAUUUACCAAGUGUGACGUUGUUAGGUGAGGUUGAGGAUUGGGUGAAAAUUCGUGAAAGAGCCAACACAUUGCUUGAGUUUAAUGUUGAUGGGUGCAUGUACAUGUGGACACAAAAACUAUUUCCAGUUUUGGAUAAACUUGUAGAGACUUCUAAGGGAAAUGUGGAUUGUGCUUGGUGGAAUCGAAUUGUUAACCGAAUUGGAGGAGGAAGUGGACCUCGUUGCCUAAGCGGUUGGAUCACUGUUUUCAAUGUGUUCUCAGAAAAGGGCAAAUGGUUGGGGAAUGACGAAUCAGAUGAUUGGUUUGUAAUUGACGAAAACGAUGUCACUCGAGGUUACGUGAAUGUUCCUGUCACCAUCGAUGACAAUGGAAUUGAGAAACAGGCUGAAUUAUUUGCAGGACAUUUCUGUUGUCGGAAAGGCAAGGAUAACAAAUCACUGCAACCAAGGGCUGAUUGGGCUUUAUUUGAGUUGAAAUGA